UGUGCACGGGUUCUUGGUUUAAGUCUGAUAUCUACAACUAAUCAAUAAUAUUAAUGACCACAUAAUGCCAACAAAUGUAUACAUAAAUAAUAACCAGGCAAUUAAAAUAUAACUAUAUGCUCCUUGUGGUGUUAUUAUAUAGGAAGGAACACUAGUCAAUACCCAUUUCUUGUUUUCUAUUAUUAUGUUCUUCUCUGUCCUUUGACCAGGUGGCUCUGGCUAUUGCAAAUACGGUUGGAGCAAGUAUGCUGCUCCAUCUGUGCGCUCUGCUACUUUCUUGGUCACCUUUUAACUACCAGCUUCAAAGUUUCAUCAUUCAUUCAUUCAUUAACCACAACUGUGUGUAAUCCCAAUUGUCACUUUCUCAUAUGCAGGAAUUUGGUAACAUUGAGUCUCCAAUGUAUACUAGACUUAGACAGUUUUUUUCCACUAUUUAUAGCAGGAUGCAGGUAAGAGCACCAUCACAGCCAGUGGUUGUGUCUAUACCAAUAUUGCAUUAUGAUGAUACUGAAUCUGCAAAAGCAUUAAGACGGCAACUCAAGGAAGCUAUAUAUACAACACUAUUUAACAUGAAUGUUCCUGCUGUUUGUGCAAUUAAUCAGGCAACUUUAGCUUUGUAUGCUGCUAGAAGAACUUCAGGAAUUGUUGUAAAUAUUGGGUUUCAAGUCACAUCAGUUGUUCCAAUUUUACAUGGUAAAGUAAUGCGCAAAGUGGGUGUGGAGGUUGUGGGACUGGGAGCACUAAAACUUACCGGGUUUCUUAAGGAGUUGAUGCAGCAGAACAAUAUUAGUUUUGAAUCGCUGUACACCGUUCGCACUUUGAAAGAGAAUCUCUAUUAUGUUGCCUAUGAUUAUGAGGCUGAGCUACUCAAAGAUACACGAGCAUCAUCUGACGCAGCAGGAGAAGGUUGGGGAUCGAAUUGGCAAGGAGCAUUGCAAAGGUAAUUUGCAAGAGGUACGGAAUUUGUUCUUUUAACUCUUAUUAUUAAUAUCUUUAAAAUGUUAGAGGAGUUUGAAUAUCUUAAAUAUUCAUCCAUAGAGAAGUAGGUUUUGAGAUUAAAAUUGUGUGUUGCGGUGAUAACGGAAGGUUGAAAACUUGUGUGUAUUAGAGAAGUGGGUUCUGGAAAAUUUGUUUGUGUGUUGCGGUGAUAUAAGGAAGAAAACUUAUUGUGUGUUGUUUGAAUUUUUUGACUUGGUAUUGAUAGAUGGUUAGGUAAGCUUUUAUAUGUAUAGAUUAGAUUUUUCAUUAUAUGUAUAGAUUAAAUUUUUCAUUUAGUCAUAUUGUUUUCAUUAUUUCCAUAUGUAUAAAUUAGAUUUAAUUGCCACAACCCAAGCUAAAAUCUUGUCUUUGAUCCAAACCCAAUUAGUUAGUGGCUACCAUUUUAGAAUCUGAUUUUUAAAUUAAAAACAACACUAGAAUCUCUUGAAAGCUUAAUGAAACUAAAGUACUAGAAAUUAGUAAUAGAUUUAGACCAAGAAAUCUUUAGUGGGACUAAGAAUCAUGGUACUAGAAAAUCAAGUAACUGUUAUAACAUACAAUUAAAAAUCUCAGCACUAGAACAAUCAAAACCAUUUGAGCAAUAAGGAAUGAGUAUUAAUAGGUAAAAAAAGAAAAAGAGAAUAUAUAAACUUUAGAAUGAAUGAAUCACUGAGAUGAUCUUAUCAUUGAUUCACUAUAGCAUCUGGUUAUCAUUAUAGCAUAUAUAUAAUUAGUCAUCAUGAUUUGUCCUACACGUGAUGCAUAAAUUAAAGCAAGGAUUUUGGAAUGAUUAUUCAUUGGA